CUACUUUAUUUCCGUCCCGCUUCCCCAUAACACCUCCCAUAGCUGGGUAUGCCUAAGUGUUUCAUUAUCACCCUUUGUGCGUUCAUUUUUCAUUGCCUACAAGCUGUGUGGAGAACACUGGUGUGUGAGCCGGCUGGUGUGGCCCUCGUCUCAGGGCCUCGUCUCAGGGACUCCAUGGAGGAGUUGAGCCCCAGUCAGCUGGCUGUCAAGCAGCUCAAGAUGAAGUUCGUGGAGGCCCUGCGGGCCAACGAUGCCCGGGAGGUCCUGCGGAUCCUGCACACUGGGAAACUAGACAUUGACACGGUGCUGGAGGUGGAGGACCCCAGCAAUGUCCUGGCCUCCUACAAACAAGGUUAUUGGCUUCCAGGCUACAAACUGGAGAACUCUUGGGCGAUGGGCAUUCACGUGUGUGUGAUGUACAAUGCUGUGGAAACAGCGCUGGUGCUCCUGCAGGAGGGUGCGGCUGUCAACCGGAUGCCCAAUGGGAAGACUCCGCUGCAUGUGGCCUGCGAGGCCUCCAAUGCCAACUGUACGGCCUUACUCUUGUCCCAUGGGGCAAAGGUCAACAGCCUGUCGCUGAGCGGGCACACACCACUGCACUACUGCAUCACCCGGGAGUCUGUGGACUGUGCCAAGCAGCUCAUCUUGAAAGGUGGAAAAGUCAACAUGCCCAGCCACAACAGUGAUGAGGUGACACCGUUACACACAGCAGCCAGAUUCGGCGUGCCGGAGCUGGUGGCUCUUUAUUUGUCCCACGGAGCAUCUGUGGAUGCCGUCAACUCUUUUCAGGAGACACCCUUGAUAACUGCAGCCUUCUGGGCCUUUGACGCCAAGGAGCAAACCUACAGCGAAGAUCACCAGAUCGCCUGUCGUCUCCUGCUGGACCACCAAGCGGAUCCCAACCUCCGAGAGGAAGACCACAAAACAGCUCUUCACAAGGCGGCCUGGAACUGCGACCACGUCCUGAUGCAGAUGCUGCUGGAGGCCGGAGCCGACACGAGAGCCAUGGACAUCAACGGCUGUGCCCCCAUUCAGUAUCUCCUCAAAGUGACUGGUGUCAGGCCGAUGGCCAUACCUGAACUCUGCUAUCAGCUGCUGCUCAACCACAACGCAGCGAGGAUCUACCCACCACAGUUCCACAAGGUGCUGCAAGCCUGCCAUGACUACCCCGGAGUAUUAGAAAUCAUGGUCAACUCUUAUGAACGUUUAAAGCCCACAAGGAAGUGGAGAGCUGCCGUUCCCAAUGACUGCUACAAGCGACACAAAGACUUCUACGACUCCCUGUUUGCUGUUUGCACCAACUCUCCCCGCAGCCUGCUCCACUUGACCAGAUGUGCCAUCAGAGACAGCCUGGCCGGCUCCUGUCACAGAGGUGUGGCGCGGCUGCCUCUGCCGCCUCCCAUGAAGAAAUAUUUACUGCUGGAACCCGAGGGGAUACUGUACUGAUGGGGGAGACUCUGACAUGGAGCUUGUCACCUGGUGAUUUGAAUGGAAACAUUCAGUCUUUUUUACUGGAACACAAGAAAUCCCCGCUAGGUGUCGGACAGUGAAGAAGAAACUCAAGCGCAAGUCAGACAUCACACGACCCACAAUAAAACGGAUUUAUUAAGGUGGUUCUUGGUUGGACGCGGCAGAGGACACAAUUCAUCUGUCCGCAUAUUAUAAAUCAACCGACUGCUCAACCUUAUGUACAGAAGACUUUGAAUGACAGGUAAGAAAUUUCCAAUUUAUGGCUGUGCAAAUUCUAAUAAUGAUAAUAUCUAUAAUAAAAAUAUGAAUAUAAAGUGAUUGACAAUGUAAGGAUAUUUGCCUCCUUGGCCACAUGGAACUGCCACUGCUACUCACACCUUGUGUCUUUGUGUCUAAUUUGCACUAUUUAUAUCUUUAUCCCUCUGUACACCGUAUUUGCCUCCUUUUAAGUGUCAGUUAACGUAAUGUCUGGGCUGUUUUGUACUUCCUGUUUCACAAAGCUUCCUGUGCAGCUUUGUGAAACUUGUCUCUCUACUGCCUCGUACUUCAGAGGAUCCGGAUCGACAUGGCAACCAGCCCUGAUGCUCACUCUCACGUUCAUGCUCUCGUGACUCUCCAGAGCAGAGCAAACACUCGACAAAGCGCUCCACAAGUGCUUGUUGUUUCCAAUGGACUGCACAUGUACAGUAGCCGCAGACAUAUAUACACCAAUAUUUGUAACGCCUUAUCGCCAGUAAUGUAUAAAAUAACUAUACGAAAGCAUUCACUUGAAAAAACUGGAAUAUAUUGAAUAUGUUAUUCAGCAAGAACUUCCUCUCUCCAAUCAUAAAGUACAAAGUUACAUGUUUUAUGUUAAAUAUUUCCAGUUGCCACAUCCUUUGCUCUAUCCCAGUGGGUCUGCGUAGUUCAAAAUACAGUGUGUGUAAAACAGUUGUUUGUUACUCCACUGUGUGUAUGACCUCCAUUUUUUUCCUACCUUAAUUCAAUAUUUUUUCUUGUAUAUCACAGUGCAUAUUUUUUGUCUAUACCAAACAUACAGAUUAGGUAUGUUGCUGUGUCACAGCGUGUGCGACGUGAACGAAUCCCGAAAGAUGAUGAGGUUCAAUGCCGGUGACCGUAAAACGAACCCUCAGUGAAGAGUGACAGGUGCUGCUUGCACAACCCACGAGCUCCGACAGCAAGACCCCACAACACAGGCAACAGCUGUGGUUCCAAUAUUUACUCGGACUGUAGAUUAGCACAAGAGUGAAUGAAGACAGUAGUUUAUGAAUGCUCGCAACAUUUGUUUGCUGUGUGUCUCCACAUUUGAAUAAAAAAAGAUAAAAGGAUCCAAAUUAAAUCUC